AUGGCUAAGAGAGCUGUGUGCUAUUUGCGUACACCCGAAAAGCGAAAUAAAAAGCAACAGCAUACAAGUACAUUUUCGGGGUCCAAUCUGGUGUUCCAGAAGGAGCGCCAGGCGAUUUCACGGAUCACGGGCUGUACUGCUGAUGUCUUUCUGGAGUAUGUGCAGCGAAACUUGCCGGAAGGGGUGGCAAUGGAGUGUGCCCGGCCUUCAACGUCCCGUACUCUAUGUCAAAUUGGGCAACUGGCAUCCCUUUCUGAAAUGCUUUAUACCUCUGUCGAUAUAUGUUGUGUCUUCGAAACACGCCUACAAGACUCCACUUCGGUCGUGCUCCCCUGGCCGAUUAGGACCAUCUCAGAUGUUCCACAGUUCACUCUUCGAGUAUCCGGUGACCCCAACACAAUGCUUCGCGGUAUCUUAGGUGUGGGAUUUGCACUCAGUCCCAAGGUUGAAAUCGCCUUACUGAACUUAAUCCCAGUAAACAGUCGUCUUUGCGCUGUGCGCCUAUCUAGCUCAAUUAAGAUCAAUGCGUUUCUGUGCGGCAAACGGAGGCGAGCCAAAGAAGCAAUGCUCUCGGCUUUCAUAACUGUUUGCCAAUGUCAUCUGACCCAACUAAAUAAACACUGGAUAUCGUCGAGAUCAGCAGAUCAUAUUGCAGCCGUAAAGGCCAUACCAGCAACUAGCGACUAUGAUGGCGCA